CUGGGAAACGAGGAACGGAGAGCGGGCGUUUUUGGGAGAAACCGUAGACCAGAUAAUUUCUUCAACCUGCGGCACGUCCGGCUUGGUUCGCUGUCAAACAACUUCACUGUUUAGCUUCUUAGUUGUGAGAUUACUGAGGCGAGAAGCUCGCUUCUUUUCUCUCCCUCUUUCCAAGUGAACUUUAUAGGGAUGUUAUGUAUCAGAGCAUCACCGCGCAGUUAGUGCUGAAGUAACUGUAGGACGGAUAUAAAGACUGAACAUCUUCUUGUGCUACUUUUUGUUCGGUUUGAUACACAAAAGAAAAAAAGAGGGAGAGAGAGAGAGAGACAGGCCGUGUGUGAGUGAGUGCGUGUGAGUGUGUGUGUGCAGAGAGAGAGAGAGAGAGAGAGAGAGAGAGUCGCACAGGUUUUUUUGGAGCUACGUUUUCAUGCCGUCAGUCUUGCGGACUCUGAGAUGGACGUCAGAUUUUAUCCAGGUCCCCCUUCAAGCGUGGGUUCAUGUACGCUACCGACUGACUCCGGUUUGGACUAUUACCAUUCCAACAAGAGCAGAUACGGCGCUCCAGAUCGAGGUGUAAGGCUCUACAGUUCCCUGCCCAUGCGCCCAAACCCUGACGGCAAGAGACUGCCCUCUACUGGGUUUGAUGGUGACAACAUGUACAUGAAUGAAAACAAUCAUGAGUUCCUCCCGCCAAACCAGAGCUACACAGGUCAGACAGGUGGCAGUGGGGGAGGAGGUGGAGGUGGCGGCACCUCAAGUGGAAAUGGAGCUGGGGAUGAAGACUAUGAGAUCCCACCUAUCACUCCACCUAACCACCCCGAACCUCCUCUUCUUCACCUGAUGGAGCACGAGUCCACAGGCUACCUCGGUCACUCGUUGCCACACAAUGGGCUUAUCAACCCAUAUUCCUACACAGAGCUGCCCACACUUAUGAUGUCGAACAUGCUGGCGCAGGACAGCCACCUUGUAUCCAGCCAAAUGCCCUCGAUGCAGGAGAUGGCUUUGCAACACCACCAACAGCAACACCAUCACCAGCACCCUGAUGGCGCUCAUUAUGACCCUGCCCGUAACCACACCCUGAUAAACAACUCACCUCCGAUACUGCCCAACCCCAUGAGUGCACUAUCCCAGCUAAACCCACAGGUCAGCCGGAGUGCAGUGCCUCAUGGUUCCCCCUCACCUCCCGGAAGUAAAUCGGCCACACCCUCCCCUUCAAGCUCCAAUCAGGAAGAGGAGACUGAUCCUCAUUUGAAGAUGGUCUUCCAGAUCACGGGUGAGAAGCGGCCGUCUUCAGAGAUGAUGAAGCCCAAGCCCAAACCCCCAAAAAAGAAGAAGAAGAAGGAUCCAAAUGAGCCCACAAAGCCUGUGUCGGCCUACGCCUUGUUCUUCAGAGACACCCAGGCAGCCAUUAAAGGACAGAAUCCCAAUGCCACUUUUGGAGACGUAUCCAAAAUAGUAGCCUCGAUGUGGGACGGACUGGGAGAGGAGCAGAAACAGAGCUACAAGAGGAAAACAGAGGCUGCUAAGAAGGAGUACCUGAAAGCCCUGGCCGCCUACAGAGCCAGUCUGGUUUCCAAGACAUAUAAUGACCCAGUGGAGGCAAAAAGUGUCCAGACAAGCCAGGCUUCCCCACAUAUGAUGCCAGCCAACCCGCCCCUGUACAGUGUGCCACCUUCUCCCCAGUCGUCAUCGCCAUACCUGGGACCUGGGGCCUUUCCUCUUACAGACCUGCAGAGCUAUGCAGGACACGCCCCUCGCCACACUCUGUCGCAGACGCUCAGCCAAUCGCAGAUGCUGCCCAGCAUUAGUGCCUCUCCCCCUUCCUCCUUCCAGAUCAGCCCACCACUUCACCCCCACCAGCAGCUCUCCCUGCACCAGAGCUCACUUCUCAACCAGCCUAUCCGCAUGCAGCAGGUCCAGUCCCAGUCAAUCAUCUCUCACCAGAUGGGGCUUCAGGCCUCGCUUCACUCCCCACCUCCAGGGCAGCAGGGUUUUUCCCACCUUCAGUCAGAGUAUCAGAAGAGUAUUGGAGGCUCCCAGUCUCCAGGAGCUCCUGGCCCUGGUCCAGGUCCUGGAGUGGCUCAGACCCAUGACUGGGACAAUGAAUACUGCAAUCGGGAGUGUGGCAACCACUGCAGUGGCAACAUGAUAGGCAGGGACAAGCCACUCUACCUCACCUGAAACUGAAGAUGAUACUCUGUCGACAAAUACAACACAGAGGAGUCUACUCUCAUCCCCGAUUCCACUCCCCUACUCCUCCCCCACCCCCCCGUUCUUCUUCUUCUGAUGCGCACACUUACAUGCAGUGUACACUUAACAUACAAAUACAUACAUGCACAUACAAAUACAUACAUGCACAUUCAAAAACACACACACACACACCACUUCCCAGACACGUCACCACCACCUUUUUUGGUCAGUGUAAUUUUUAUUUUUCUCAGUUUCUAGAAUUUGUGACCAGAAUUUGAUGACUACUGUCUGUACCACUUAAUGUAUUAGCAGUCCUCUUGCUGUUGAAAUUUGCCAAGCACUUAUAAAGCCUCCCCCAUGCCCUACCCACUCAUCCCUCUUCCACCUUCUGAGUUGUGUGUCUGUGCCCUCUCUCUGAUACAGGCCGGGCUGCAGAGCACUCCUCUCGCGUGUCACCACAAAGUCCCCUCAGGGACCCCAUCCAGCUUUAAUUAGAACAGGAAGAAAAAAGAUACUCUUGCUUUCCUUUAAUCGCUUUAUUUUCCUUUUGUUUUUCUUUUCUUUGUUGUUGUUGAUGCUGUUUUAUUUAUUUCUGGCUUGCAAAAUUGUUCCUCUUUUUUUUUUGCCAAUAAGCGAUGGGCCCUGUACUGUAGAGAAAUAUUAACAUUUAGUAGGUUCUAGCAGGCAUUGAUGUUAUCGUAGCUUUGCUUAAGGGCCUGCAAAUUAAUACAAAAAGUCUGGGUGGGGAAGAGAAACAAAACAAAAAAGAAUCUUUUUUUAAUAUUAAAGACCUGUUGAGGUCUACUGAGCUGUCACAGUGUGAUUGUAAAUAUCACUUUUAUGGGAUCAAAUUGGGAAUUGGAAGUCCACAUAGAUUUGUUUCUUCUUUAAUAUUACAUGUAAGUCGUGUGUGUGUGUGUGUGCGUGCGUGUGUGUGUGUGUGUAUG